UCUCUGCUCUGCCAAGAAGAAACAUGGCUGCCUACUGUUCACCGACGGUGUUUCUAUUUACGUUUGGUUUGUUAUCUGUUUUAAGACAGACAGAGGAAGAAAGAGUCGGUGUGAGAGGCUACAUUGUGUAACGAGUCAGUUGAAUGAGUCGUUAAAGUUUACUGUGAGAAGAAGAAGACAGUUUUACAGUCGUAGUAGCUGUCAAGCUGCUCAUCAGGCUGUGCUUGAUUAGCAGUUUUUAGCAUUGCUAAGCAACACAACUGAGUCCAUCGCAUAUAUAUCCGGUAAUAGUCGCUAUGUUCAGCCCCGUGAAGUCUUCUUAUUUCAGAGUCAGCCCGGCCAUUGUCAACAGAGAGCUCGGCAAGACCAAGAUGAGAUAGCAAGAGGGCAUAUCAGAGUGAUUUGAACUAGGAGGCCACAGCAUACAAUACAGAAUAAAUCACUCAAACGCAGCAUGUUUGGGAAUCUUUUUGAGGAAGAGGAGGAGGAGGAAGGCUUCUCUUCGACUUCUUCCUCCAGAGUUGCAAAGGGAAAGGGGGGAAAUGAGCCACCUCCACCCAGAGGAAGAAGCAAUCUGUGCGGCAUCAAGAACCAGGGAGGCACCUGCUACCUCAACUCUCUGCUCCAGACCCUGCUGUUCACACCAGAGUUCAGGGAGGAGCUGUUUAGUUUGGGGGCAGAUGAAUUAGGAUGCCUGGAAGACAAAGAGAAACCAGGGGCCAAAGUCAGAGUGAUCCCACUGGAGCUACAGAGACUGUUUGCCAGUCUGCUGCUGGUGGACCAGCAGAGCGCCUCCACUGCCGACCUCACCGAGAGCUUCGGCUGGAACAGCAGCGAGGGAACCAAUCAGCAUGAUGUGCAGGAGCUGAACAGGAUUCUGUUCAGUGCGUUGGAGCACUCUCUUGUGGGCACCACUGGUAGUACUUUUAUCCACCAGCUGUAUCAUGGGACCAUUGUGAACAGCAUUGUCUGCAAGGAGUGUGGUAACGUCAGCCAGAGACAGGAGGACUUCCUGGACCUGACGGCGUGUGUUUGUGGCGUGUCUAGCCUGGAGGAGGCUUUGUGGAACAUGUUUGUGGAGGAGGAGUUGUUUGAGGGCAAUAACCUGUACCGCUGUGCACAGUGUGACAGGCUGGUCACUGCUGCCAAGUCUGCCAAGCUGAAGAAGCUUCCUCCAUUCAUGACCAUGUCGCUGUUGAGAUUCAGCUUUGACUUUGCCAAAUGUGAGCGAUACAAGGAGACGGGACGCUACAGUUUUCCCUUAACCAUCAACCUACGGCCAUUUUGUGAAGAGACUGAUGGAGAGGACUCUGAUUACUGCUACGAGCUGUCCUCUGUGAUCAUCCAUAAAGGCGGCUGCUAUGGUGGCCAUUACCAUGUUUAUAUCAGGGACAUUGACCAGCUUGGCCAAUGGGAGCCGCCGGAAGAGGAUUGCAAACCCAAGACUCAGAAGAAAGUCAAGGAGGAGGUCAAGCAAAUGUGUGAGCCAAAACUACAAGAGGAUGAUCCUUUGUCUGUCAUCACUGUUAUUAUUGCCCAGGAGCCAUCAAAGAGCAUCCUGUCGGACCAGCUGGGACAGAAAAUCAUGGAUAAGAUUGGUUCAUCUUGGAGCAAAAAGUUCAGAAAACACUAUGGUCCCAUAGGAAAGUUCCUGCAGUCCCACAGUGAUGUUUUCAUGUUGGUGUCCAGUGGUACUCGAGUGGCACUGAAGGCCAACCCGCCAAGCCCCGUGACUGAGCCCCCCGGCCCAGCAGAGCAGACCACUAACUCUGAUCCUUCAACACCUUCAGACCCCGGAGCUGCUGACCAACAGCCAGGACUAGACCAGAAGCCACAGUCUGAACAAAAGCAGGGUAGCCACUGGUUUGACCUUAACGACUCCACGGUGACCUCCAUCAGGGAGUCUGACAUAGAGAAGCAGUUCCAGGGCAAAGAGAGCGCAUACAUGCUGUUCUACAGAAAAACACAGCUGCACAGGCCCAGUGAAGCUCUGAACAAUCCUCAAUAUAAAGUUCCUCUUAACCUCAUCCAGAUGGCUCAGGAGGAGAACAUCAAAGUGCAGAAAAUGCGCGAGGAGUUUGAAGCCACUAAUAACACCGUGGAGCUGCGUCUCCACCUGGCACCCUCUUAUAGGCUAGAAAAUGGAGCCCUGCAACCAAACAGCAAAGAGCAGAACGGGAGCACCACUCUGAGUUUUGACCGUAGAAAGACUGUGGGAGAUCUUCGCUUAGCUAUUUAUCAGAUGCAGGAACUCUGGGAAGGGGAUAUGGCUCUGACUGUGGCCAGGAGUCUUCCUGCAGGUCUUCACCUCUACAAUACUGUCACAGAUGACAGUGUCUCCCUGUACAGUGCAGGCAUUUGUACAAACUCUGACCUGUUUGUGUGGAACGGCAGAGAGGUGUGUGGUGCGACUGUUCUAAUUGGAGCUGAGUUUGAGCCGGUGCUGCUGAAUGUAGUCCGUCCCUUUUUGGGGGAAGAUGGGGAUCAGGAGGUGGAGGAUGGGGCGGAGUGUGAGGAUGGAAGAGGAGAUUUUGAAAAUGGGGGGCCGGGGCUUAAAAGGGAGGCCAGAGGGUUUGCAGGUGCUGCGACUCUCUGCGAGGUGAGGGAAGCACUGGGGGAGCCUGAGGAGAGUCUGCUGUGCCAAGAGCAUAAGGGAGGAAAGAGGGGAGAGCAGGGGGCAGCAGAGGGAGGAGGGGCAAGCGGAUGGAGGGUGUUCCCCCCCGAUGACAUGCAACGGACGCUCAAAGAGCUGUCGCUGAAAGACGGAGACGCGCUGUUGGUGCUGGAGCCACAGUCCUUCGACAGCAGCGUGUUCACUCUAAACGGAGAUGUUGUCACUGUGACUACCCCGUCUGACUGCCGCUGGCUCCAGGUGGAGUUUCGACCACAUGGAGGAGGAGGAGACGGGGAGCAAGAAGAGGAGAGGAGGAAGAUCAAGGUUCCAGCUACAGGAAAUAUGCUGCUGUGUGAGGUGAAACAGAGGGCCACAGAGGAGCUGCAGCUACAGGAGCAACCCCCAGGUGCACAGUGCUGUCUGAGACAGAUGGACUGCACAGGGAAACUCCUUCCUCCAGUGUGUGAGGAGUUGAGUGUUCGGGAUGCAGGGGUGCGACUCAUGACCACACUAACUCUCUGUCCAGGAAAAGCCCCCAAGGCAUCACAGCUUUUCCUGCCCUUCUCUGUGGGCACGGCGCCCUCUGCUGGCAUGGAGAUGGACAUAAUUGUGGAGAAAACUUGUACUGUCAAAGAGUGUCUAAAGGCAAUGCUGGAUGCUGUUGGACUUGAUGGCACCUGUUGGCACUUAAGGAGGCUCGAUUGGUGUGAGGAGGUUGGAGAGCCAAUUAUGGAUGAGGAUGCUUCUCUGUCAGAGCUGAAGAUUAACAAUGGAGAGACAUUAGUCGUCACAGAAGGACAACUUCCUCCGAAGGGUUUUCUCAAGUUAUCUAUGUGGCUGUAUCUGGCUCCCCAAAACAACUCAGCAGCGGUUUCCAUGGAUUUUAACCACACUAACAACGGCCACACUGAGGAGCAAAUGCUGGAGGUUGCGGCUGCAAGUGAAAGCUACUCACCUCCUCUGUGUGCCGGCAACAUAGAUCUGAUAAGUGCAGGACAGGUGGAGAUAUCAGACGAGGCCACCCUGGAGGAUCUCAAGACUCAGGUGUUGACACUGCCUGCACUUCAGGAAGUGUGUGUGCCGACCACUGCGUUCAUGCGUGUGUGGCAGCUUGAGGGACGGAGGCUGGCGCGUGUCCUCAGAGGACAACAUCUCACACUCAAGAAACUGAAGCUGUCCAGUGGUAUAGACCUUUGUGUGCAACAGCUACUAAAAGAAGAAGAUCUUGGUCCUAAAGAUGUGAUGCUGAAUGUUAAAAUGGGAGUACCAGGGGAGAGGGGUUACUACCCUCCAGAGGAACUGGUUUGGGAUGCAGCCCGUGACUCUUCUCCUCGGUCUCUACGCACUUGUCUGGCUGCACACUACGGCCUCUCCCCCGACUCUCUGCUGUUGGCCAAACACCAGCCGGACAAACAGACCUGGGAGGAAAUCUCAAACUGGGACUUUUACGUACAGAGCCAGCAGUUUUCCAAAAAGAAAAAGAAGCGAAAGGCGGAAUCACUACUGGGAGCACCAUUUCACCUCAAAGAUGGCGACACAAUCGGCAUCAAGAAUCUUUUGAUUGAUAACAACAGGGAUUUCCUCACCCUGGAGGACGAAUGGGGCCAGCAGAGGCUCAGAGAGCAGGCAGAGCAACGCAGGAAAGGAGGGCAGGCUGCAGGCUCUGAUGGUGUCGGACCACAGAAGAAGACUGGACUGACCAAAUCCAGGAAACCAGAGGUAGCGCUGUCAAUCAACGUUGGGGUAUUCAGAUAGCACCCUGCUCCCAUGGGUGCAUGGACAAAUCAGAACUACCUAUAAAACACACACACACACACAGAUGCCAUGAUGCAAUUAGGACAAUCCACUUGACGUCAGUCUUGUGCCAUUUUUUUCUUUACUGUAUUUCUCCGCAAAUCUUUUAAAACUGCCUGAAAUGGAUCUCUUUUGUUGACGGGAAUAGAAGGAAUUUCCUUUUGGAAAUUUGAUUUGCUGUUUUGUAACAACUGACCGUAAUUUGCGUUAUUUUUAUACAAUAUUACUGGAUUCCUUAUUAGAUGCUGGUCUUGCUUCCUCUCUCUACAAGCUUUCUGAAUUACAACCACCACACAUGCCCUCUAUUUGAUUAAAUUGCCGUUUUAUUUUAUUUUCUGAGGCAUAUUUGAAGACAGUUUGACCUUCAGGAAAACAGAUUUCCUGCAUGAAUCGGUAUUUAAGAGAACCAGAGAAAACAGUUUCUACUUCAAGUGUUUUUUUUUUGCUAUUGAAGGCUGGCAGUUAUAAACUGACUCUUGUGCAAACUGGAGUUUCUAUCUCAUAUACCGUUUUGUAUAAACUAUAGCAAUCAGGGUGAAAACAUACUUGUAGCCACCCGCCAGUGGCUGUAAAUUGUCAGCACAUCAAGCCAUUAUAGUAGGAUAUAGUAGGACCACCAUCAGGUCUUGUUGUUGCUCAUAAGGUGUUUGCAAACCGGUCACUGUGCACCGAGAACAAAAGCGUUUAUCUGGAUCAUGGGCUUGUUUUGGGUUGAUAAAAGAGAGGAGAGAUAGGCCUUAAUGUGGAGAAGCCUCGGUGCAGCUCUGUCCUCCCUACCUCACUCUCUACCUCUCUCAUUCUACCUCUGCUGCCACAUCUGUUUUCACGCCCCCACAUCUGUUAGAAUCAACUACGGUUAAAACAGUAUUUCAGUAACACAUACUUUGAUCAUUUGGCUCUGUGCAUCUCCCACUGAAGGUGUGACAUGACACGUUAACUGUUAAAGUGUAGAUUGUCAGCCUUUGUUUACUUGUAUUCAUAGUUGAUGAAUGGUUCCUUUAUUGGACAUCCUCUUUAGAGCUGACAAAUCAAACAGACUGUCUUCACUUUCACCUCAAUCUAUCAUAUACACAUUCAAAGGAAUGACCGUAUGGAGCCAAACAUCAUUGGGUUAUUAACCAUCUAUGAUGCCGGAUGAAUUUGCUGCUCACUGCUGCUCAAGAAAUAUACUGUAAAACAUUCAAAAAUCCUCGCUGCCACUAUUUUCCUUCAUUAUUUCAAAGUAAAGAUCCCUGAGUUGCUCCAUGAGUUUUCAUCGUGGAACAUUUAAUGUUUCAUUUGCAUGCACUAUAUAAUAUGUGAACUUCAGGGAAGUAAAAAAAAUAAAAAUAAUUCUUAUAGAUAAUUUAUUUGAAAAAAAAAGUGACAAAAUAAUUUUGUUACUGUUUGAGUUGUGAUAUGUUUUUUUUGGGUGGAAAUCUGAUUUUGUUAUACAAUAUUUUUUACGCUGCUUGCAGGUUUUGUUUCAUGUAUUAAUCUGGCCUUGAUCAGUGCCAAGAAUUUGCAAGUAGCUUUUUUUUUUUUUUUUUACAAUAUACUCAGCAAUAGUGAAAUUUCACUUAUCAUUUAAUAGUGUUAUUGAUUACAUCUUUGGUGUUAUUGAUGCUCUACUGUAUGACAGUGGACAUCUAUUUGUAUCGUGUCAGAUUGUAUCUGCAGGAAAUAUUUUAUCAACAAUAAAGGUAUACAGUAGUAA